UUUUAACAGGCACAAUAAAUAAAUAGUACUUUAAAAAAAACUCUACAAUAAUAAAUAUAAUUUAAUACAAAAAAAAAAUGAUAGACAAAUUAAAAAUAGCAAAUUUACAGUGAUAUGUUUUCUAUUAUAUUACUCUUUUUGGACCAUAACAUUUAUCAGAUAGCACUCAAUGAAAAAAUAUGAGAAAUCAGAUGCAACACGAUAUUUUAAUUCAACGCAUACUUGUUAUAAACAGAAAAUUUCCCCUAUGGAAACUUUAAGAAUGAUGAUAUCCCAAUAAUAGAUCAUGAAUUGUAAAAAAAUAGAAUUUAAUUGAGUAUUUUUGCACAUAUAUAUAGUAUAAUAAAUCGAAAUGAUGACCUCAACAUUGUCUGCAACCGAUGUAACACUCUCGAUGAAUUUAACUGCAGAUACAUGUGCCUCAUUGUAUCAGGAUUAUACAUCAGCAGUUGCAUUUUGUAGCUGGACAUGGGAUAAAGUUUUAUGUUGGCCUCCCACGCCAGCAGGAACAAUCGUAAAGCAAAGAUGUCCUUCCAAGCCGGGAAUCGAUAGUUCAAAGUUUGCAGAGAGGCGAUGUAGCGCCGAAGGAAAAUGGGAAGGAAAAUCGGGUGAAAAUCAACCAAAUGGAUGGACCAACUAUACCUCAUGUUUCACACCAGAAGCAAGAAAGCUAUUGGAUCAAGUAGGACACAUGAAUGAAAAGAUAGACAUAGCAGAACGUACGAGAAUUUUAGAAAUGGUAGGAUUUAGUAUAUCCUUAGCAGCGCUUCUUUUAUCAUUAGUUAUAUUUUGCCAAUUUAGAACACUUCGAAACAACCGAACCAAAAUUCACAAGAAUUUAUUCAUUGCGAUGAUAGUACAAGUAAUAAUAAGAUUGACAAAGUAUAUUGAUCAGGCGAUUCUGAGAAACACGAAUGACUUAAUGGGCACAGAUCCACACAGAAAUGGUAUCAGUAAUACGCCAAUAUUAUGCGAGUCAUCAAUUGUCCUGUUGGAAUAUGCAAAAACAGCAAUGUUCAUGUGGAUGUUCAUUGAAGGUUUAUAUCUGCAUAAUGUUGUAACUGUUACGGUAUUUCAAGGCAGAUUUCCACACAAAAUGUACAUUUUAUUAGGUUGGGGAGGACCAAUUUUGAUGACAACAGUUUGGACAGUUGCAACAGCUAAAUAUAUGGAGACACGACAAUGUUGGGAUCUUUACAAUUUGACGCCUUAUUACUGGAUUUUAGAAGGGCCGCGAUUAGCUAUCAUUAUUUUAAAUCUUGUAUUUUUACUAAAUAUUAUUCGGGUUUUGGUUGUCAAGUUACGCCAAAGUCAUACAAGCGAUGUAGAACAAGUGAGAAAAGCUGUUAGAGCUGCAAUUGUUCUUUUACCAUUAUUAGGCAUAACAAAUGCUCUCAAUAUGAUAAAUGUUGUGGAUAGAACACCUCUUGAAUUCGCCAUAUGGAGUUACACAACCCAUUUUCUCACAUCAUUUCAGGGAUUUUUGAUUUCAUUGCUUUAUUGUUUUCUAAAUGGCGAGGUUCGAGCUGCCUUAUUGAAAAGCCUCAGUGUUUAUAUGUCAAUUCGAGGACAUCAUGAUUGGGUACGUCGUCCUUCAAUGUUUUCGGCGGCAUACAACAAUACUGCUGCAGAUACCGAAGCAGCCAACUAUGCUGAAGUUCUUGAUAGAUCGAAUUGUAAGCAGAUGACAACGACCAACAAUAAUUUUAAUCGUGCACGAACAACAACAACCGCAUUAAUGCCCGAGCCAAUUCUCAUGACAAAUAAUCAAUGUAAAAAUACAACGGGAGAUAGUGUUGCUAUGAAAUCUAGUUGGAUAUUAUGCUUUCGUGGUCCCGAAGAUCGUCUCGAUUUAGAUCAUGUUGUGCCAGAGUCAGUUGUAUUUGAUUUAUCAGAAUAGUAAAAUUACACAAAAUAUUACUAUUUGGACAUUUUUGUGAUGAAUACCUAAAACAAAGUUUUAUGAGAUAAACAACUUUGUAAUAAUACGUGUAAGUUAUGGAUCAUCCCAAAGAUGAGAUCAAUUAUAAAAUUAAAUUUAAAAACUGUCAACUAUAUUA